AUGGAAAAUCAGAUAAGCCAACUUGCUCACCAAGUUGGUCAAUCCUUAAAGACACCGGGGACCUUUCCGGGUCAGACAGAGCAACCACAGAAAUGGCAUUUGAAUGUUGUUACUUUGAGAAGUGGAAAGCAAUUGGAAGAUCCUCCUAUCAAGGAGCCAUCGAAGGAGAUCAUUGAAGAAGUAGGUGAAAGUGAGAAAGAGAUUUAUAAUGCUAAGGUCGAGGAUGAAUCAAAGGAAGCAACUCCAAAGCCGCUUGCUCCGUAUGUGCUUAAGGUUCCUUUUCCUCAAAGGUUAGCCCAAGCUAAGCUUGAGAAAAAGUACGAUGCUAUAUCCGAGAGGCCUUCUUAUGCUAAAUUUUUAAAGGAUAUGCUUUCUAAUAAGAAAAAGUUAGAAGAGAAUGCUACAGUUGCUUUGACUGCAGAGUGUAGUGCUAUUUUGCAGAAUACUCUCCCUAAGAAAUUAGGUGAUCCAGGUAGCUAUUCAAUUCCAGUGAAGCUUGGAGAUAUUGAAAUAAACAGGGCACUAUGUGAUCUUGGUGCAAGUGUGAGUCUCAUGCCACUGUCCAUCUGUGAGAAGCUGCAAAUGGGUGAACUUAAACCCACGCGCAUUUAUUUGCAACUUGCAGACAGGUCAGUUAAAUUUCCUUUGGGUGUACUUGAGGAUGUACCUCUUCGUGUAGGUAAGUUUUUCAUUCCCUGUGAUUUUGUUGUGAUGGAAAUGGAGGAAGAUGUGAAUGUUCCAAUUAUUCUUGGUAGACCUUUCUUAGCUACUGCAGGCGCAAUCAUUGACAUGAAGAACGGUAAGAUUACUUUUGAAGUUGGUGAUGAAAAAUUAGAAUACUCACUUUUAAACGUUAUGGGUACUCCCUCUAUGGGAGAAACUGUUUGUCAGGUUGAUGUGCUUGAUGAGUUGCAGAAUGAGCAACUACCUCUAAGUCAAAUAGAUGAUGCACUCGAACAAGUGCUAGUAGGAAAGGAUGAUGGUGAUGGAGAUUGGGAAUCAAGGGAGUAUGUCAGGCUACUUGAAGAAGCAAAGGCCAACCCAAUCGCUAAUCCAAUCAGAGAAAUACUUAGUGCAGUGAGUAUUGGGGAGAGUACUAAGCCUCCCGAGGUAGAGUUGAAACCUCUCCCUUCUAAUCUGAAAUAUGCAUAUCUUGGUCCCAAUAAUUUAUACCCUGUUAUUGUUAAUGCUGAACUCAAGGACACAGAAUUGGAGCAAUUGCUCAAUGUUUUAAGAAUGUAUAAAUGUGUAAUUGGGUACACCAUUGAUGAUAUUAAGGAGAACUCUAUGGAGGUAUUUAUGGAUGAUUUUUCUGUCUACGGAACAUCUUUUGAUAUAUGUCUUGGAAAUCUCAAAAAGGUGCUCCAAAGAUGUAAGGAAGUCAAUUUGAUUUUGAACUGGGAAAAAUGCCAUUUUAUGGUGCAACAGGGAAUUGUCUUAGGUCAUGUUGUAUCCAAUAAGGGUAUUGAGGUUGAUAAAGCUAAGAUAGAGGUUAUAGAGCGUUUACCACCCCCGAAUUCUGUAAAAGGAGUUCGAAGUUUCCUUGGUCAUGCAGCUUUUAACAGGUUAAAGGAAGCUUUGAUAUCUGCUCCUGUCAUGCAACCUCCAGAUUGGAACCUGCCCUUUGAAAUCAUGUGUGAUGCAAGUGACUAUGCGGUAGGAGCCGUUUUGGGGCAAAGAAAGGAGAAAAAGCUUCAUGCCAUUUACUAUGCUAGCAAAACUCUUACUCAAAUGAAUUAUGCCACAACUGAAAAAGAGAUGCUAGCUGUAAUAUAUGCAAUUGACAUGUUUCAUUCCUAUUUGGUCGGUUCUAAGGUUAUCAUUCAUACAGAUCAUGCAGCACUAAGAUACUUGAUGACCAAAACCCAUGCAAAGCCUAAGUUGAUCCGAUGGAUUCUUCAACUACAGGAUUAUGACAUAGAGAUCAAGGAUACAAAAGGGACGGAGAAUGUUGUUGCAGAUCAUCUCUCCGCUCUUCUCCUUGACCCUGAGGAUGAGGACGAUACUCCUUUUGAUGAUUCUUUCCCUGCAGAGCAUUUAUUAGCCUUAUUGAUUGCAAACUGA